AUGGGGAACAAGCAGACCAUCUUUACAGCACAGCAGCUUGACGCCUAUCAGGACUGCACAUUCUUCACCAGGAAGGAGAUUCUAAGGCUGUUCUACCGCUAUCGGGAUUUGGCACCACAACUUGUUCCUCUUGACUACACCAAUAACCCAGAUGUGAAGCUACCCUAUGAGCUGAUUGGCAGUAUGCCAGAACUGAAGGACAACCCUUUCCGUCAGAGAAUCGCUGAGGUUUUCUCUGAAGAUGGAGAGGGAAACAUGACACUAGAUGACUUCCUAGACAUGUUCUCUGUGCUGAGCGAGAUGGCUCCACGAGAUCUGAAGGCCUACUAUGCAUUCAGAAUCUAUGACUUCAACAAUGAUGACUUCAUCUGCAAAUCAGACCUGGAGAAGACGCUGAACAAACUGACACGUAACGAGCUGACCGAGGACGAGGUGAGGAUGGUCUGCGACAAGGUCAUCAACGAGACGGACCUGGACAACGACGGCCGUCUGUCCCUUGAGGAUUUCCAGCACAUGAUCGUUCGAGCUCCAGACUUUCUCAGUACCUUCCAUAUAAGGAUAUGA